AUGUCAGAAGAGCUGUUGCAAAAGUUCCUGACAUCAAUUGAAAGGGAAGACGGUAUCACGGAAAUUGGAAAGAAGAAAAAAUGUAAAAGUGCAGCAAGGAGGGAUAAUGUGAAGAACAUUCUGAAUGCGGCUUCAAAAGGACAAGUGCAACUGUCGGCAGAGGAAAGCUACAUUGUUCAGAAGCCUAGCACAUCGAAAGGAUCCGAUUACAUUGAUGAUCGGUUGGCAUCACAAGGAUUUUCUCUUAUCGAUCAAGCGCGUUCGUUCAAGCCAAAGGAUCUUAAGAAAAGAAACUUGAAAUACAUGAAAUAUCAAGAAGGCCGUCGCCUGGAUUCAAAGAAAGGGCGAGUUCUCGUUGCGGCACACUUGAAAACAAAAACAGACUUGAAGAACCUUCGGAAAGAAAAGAAAAAAGUUAUCGGAGUGAAAGAACCACGUCGUCUGCUUCCUGGUCAAAAGAAGAAGGAAAAGAACAAGAGUGUCUUCAGUGAUGCAGAUUUCGCUCAGGUCGCUCAUGUCGCCAAGAGAAUCAACUCAGUAUCUGAUCACUCAUUCCUUUGA